UCCGAAAGGGCUUUCGUAAAGGUCCACUAUAAAACCCUUCUUCUAAAGGGAAGGGCCAGAAGAGAACUGUGAGUCUUUCCACUUGGAUCCUAUAGGCGAGGGGAAACUCAUUCAGUGAGAAAGGGCUCUUUACAAUUACUUUUCCGUUACCCAUCCAAACAGAGCAAUGAUGUUCCCUAAUGCACUUGCGCCUCCCGCUAUAUGCCCAAGUCUUCUUCGACCGCCGGCGGCUCUCUCUCUGCCCCAGUCCUUGCAUUCAGCUUUCCCCGCCCACUCGAGCUUUUUGGUGGAGGACCUGUUGCGGAUCAGUCGUCCGGUGAGCUACUUCCACCGGACGAUUCCCUCACCCAGCGUGUCUCCCCUGGCAUCAGGAGCCACCACGCUGACCUGCAGUCAUCACACUCACCAAGCUGUCAUCUCCACUUUAGCACAGGCAAGGACUGGUUCUCCUCAGACCGCACUCUCCAUUAACCACGACCCUAACUAUCUGAAGUUUGGAGUUAAUGCCAUCCUAGCACCAUCAACGAGAAACGCAUCGUCUCCACGUUUAAUGCAUCAUGCUAUGCACGCAAAAGCCUUCCCUCUGCCAUAUUUUGACUGUUCGUUUCAUCCCUUCAUCAGAGCAUCAUAUUUUCCAGCAUCCUCUUCAGUGGUUCCUAUCCCCGGUACAUUUUCAUGGCCGCUGGCUGCAAGAGGAAAGCCCAGGAGGGGGAUGCUACGACGGGCAGUGUUCUCUGAUGUCCAGCGCAAAGCACUGGAGAAAAUGUUUCAGAAACAGAAAUACAUCAGCAAACCAGACAGAAAGAAGUUGGCUGCAAAACUAGGGCUUAAAGACUCACAGGUGAAAAUCUGGUUCCAAAACCGAAGAAUGAAAUGGCGCAAUUGCAAAGAGAGGGAGUUGUUGUCCUCCGGAGGUUGCCGGGAGCAAACCCUUCCGACUAAGAUGAACCCCCACCCGGACCUCAGUGACGUCGGGAAGAAGUCUUGCGAGGAGGAGGUAGACGCGUACAGCCCGCGCGCGGCCUUUUGCCGCUCACCAUCAGAGCGCGAACUUUUGAACAGUGUGGAGUCGCACCUCUCUUCGCCUUGCCACUCCAGCAAGCACUCCGACUUCUCAGAAUCAGAGGAGGAAGAGAUUACAGUGUCUUAAUUAUGAAUAAUACACACGUUAUGUUUGUAUAAAGUUGUUGGGUCACAUAUAUUGUUGCGUAUAUUGUAUAUAAAUACAUUAUUACCCAAAUUAGAUCCAAGCAUCCUUUGAUUUUAGUAUAUUAUUUGUCCGUGAUAUUACCAAUUCACCUAGCCCUAUACAUACAUGUAGGGGCCAUAUUGGUUGUGGUAGAUAUUUCAGUGCUUAUUAAGGGAUUCACUUAGUAAAUUAGAUGUAUUCUUGCAGCUUUUGCUAUUUGUACCAUAUUUUGUAAGGGCCAUUUUUAUACCAAGAGGAUUAUACCUGAUUUAAAUGCUUAUAUUAGAUGCAUUGCUUUUAAUCUAUGUAGAUGUUACAUCUAUAACUUAAAAAUAAAUAUAUUAUUUGUAUGCUUUGUUUAAAUGUUGUACUUUGAGAGUAUUUUUUCAAAUAAAACUAAAAUGUAAAGAA